GCGCAGACUCGCUCGCGCUUCGUACGUACGAUUUAGUUUAGGGUUUCCAAGCGACACCAACAACAUGCUACGUUUGUCAACGUUUUGCAUGUUACUGUCGAUAGCAGUCGCUCAAAGUGGAUAUGAAUAUAACAAACCAAAUAAACCAUACAGUCCCUCGACGCCAAGUGGCCCCGGCUACCAACCAGGACCCACAAGUGGAUAUCCUGGUACACAAACCUCUCCAUCAUACCCAAAUACGCCACAGCAAAAUGGAUACCCAGGAGUCGGUUCGGGCACAACACCAAGUUACCCAUCUGGACCUUCAGGCUACCCUUCAAAUAAUCAAGGCUAUAAUCGGCCAUCAACGAACUAUCCUGGUCAAUCUUAUCCAGGACAAAGUCCAGGCGGACCAACGGGUCCUUCUGGUGUUCCAGGACAGGGUUCAAAUUAUCCUGGACAGAACUACCCAGGGCAAGGUUCAAAUUAUCCUGGACAAAACUACCCAGGUCAAGGACAAAACACCCAACGUCCGGGAUUUGGACCCGAUACUUCCAAUUUUGGCACAGAUGAUAAUAGUGGUUCUGAAGGUGGAGAUUAUUCAGCAAUACCCGGUGAGCCAGAUAGAGAUUAUCCCAUACUUUCAGUCGUCCCCGAAACAUCGUUCAGGUGUGACGCUCAAUCUUAUCCAGGUUAUUACGCAGACGUCGAAGCUCGAUGCCAAGUAUUCCAUGUUUGUGCCAAUAAUAUAACUUACGACUUUUUAUGUCCCAAUGGAACAAUAUUUUCUCAAGAGUUUUUCGUCUGCGUCUGGUGGAAUCAAUUUGACUGUGACUCUGCCCCUAGUUAUUAUGGACUUAACGCAAAUCUAUAUGAUUAUUCCAUAAUGGGAUCUAAUCAUGGUGGAAUUCCUCAAAGCCCUCAAGGAUCUUAUCCUAGCAGUUCUGGACCACAAAGUCCAUCAACAAACUAUCCAGGAAGCACAGGACCUCAAGGAUCUUACCCAGGCAAUACAGGUCCGCAAGGACCAGUAUCUGGCUACCCCGGUAGUACAGGCCCGUCAGCUGGUUUUCCCGGAAUUCAAAAACCAAGUUAUCCAGGAUCUUAUCCUGGUGCUCAACAACCUGGAUCUCGUCCUAGUGGUCCUGGAACACAACAACCGGGCUCAUACCCCGGAAGCCCUGGUCCGCAACGGCCUGGAUCUUAUCCUAGUGGACCUGGAACACAACAACCGGGCUCAUACCCUGGACGCCCUGGUCCGCAACGGCCUGGAUCUUAUCCUAGUGGACCUGGAUCACAACAACCGGCCUCAUACCCCGGAAGCCCUGGUCCGCAACGGCCUGGAGCUUAUCCUAGUGGACCUGGAACACAACAACCGGGCUCAUACCCUGGAAGCCCUGGUCCGCAACGGCCUGGAUCUUAUCCUAGUGGACCUGGAUCACAACAACCUGGCUCAUACCCUGGAAGCCCAGGUCCGCAACGGCCUGGAGCUUAUCCUAGUGGACCUGGAACACAACAACCGGGCUCAUACCCCGGAAGCCCUGGUCCGCAACGGCCUGGAUCUUAUCCUAGUGGUCCUGGAACACAACAACCGGGCUCAUACCCCGGAAGCCCUGGUCCGCAACGGCCUGGAUCUUAUCCUAGUGGACCUGGAACACAACAACCGGGCUCAUACCCUGGAAGCCCAGGUCCGCAACGGCCUGGAUCUUAUCCUAGUGGACCUGGAUCACAACAACCGGGCUCAUAUCCCGGAUCUUAUCCUACUCAGGGAUCUCAAGGUCCGAGCUCAACGAACUAUCCAGGAUCUCAAAGUACACCAAGCUAUCCUGGAUCAGGUAACCAAGGUUAUCCGUCGGGAAAACCUUCUGGACCGAGCUUCCCAUCUGGUACUGGAAGACCUCAAGGACCCAGCGAUAAUAAUUAUCCAAGUUCUCAACCUAACAGAGAAUACCUCCCACCUAGAAACUGAAUUUUCCACUUGGAUCUAAAUAAUGAAAAUCUUAGAUUUAUUCGUUAGUUUUAAGUUUCCAAAAUGCCACUUAUAAUAUUUAACAAAGAAUGUUUGAAAAUUUCAAGAGAAAACGUUGACAAAUGUGAAUGUUGGUGUAAAAAUUCUGAAUCGCUUAGUCUGUAUAAUGUCUUUACAUAAACUCUCUAUCAAUCUAUAUAAAACUGUACAUUUAGAAGAACGUGACCUUGAUUUGGAAUACAUUGUAUCAUAUAUUUUAAAUUUUCAUAAAUGUGGAAGUUUGUUGCAAAAAUAAGUGUUCACAAAGUACAAAUACUAUUUGAUUAAUGUUUCACGAUAGUUUUAUCACUAUUUAGUAUGUAAAGUAUUAAUAAAGCAUUUCAUUUUGUAAAUAAAACAAAAAGCUAAUAAUAAAGAAAUAUAU